UUUAUUUUCAUCAAUAUAUCAAGUAAUCUGCCUAGAAUUGACAAUAUGAGCCUUGUUUGCUUGUCUAAAUAAUUUGCGUGUGACUUGUGUAUUUUUUCACAGAUGGAUAUUACAAUUCAAAAAGAGGGGUCUCUGCCAGAACUAAAACAGUGCAUCAAAUGCUGCAGUCAUUUCCACUGUCCAUUUGUGAUGCCUCAGUUUUCCAACCAACACAGUUGGCAAAAGUGCAAACGCAUCUGCAGGCACAUUUCAAUAGAUCGGUCCAGCAUGAAGAAUUACAAUACACAGAUGUGGACGGCUCUGCAGAAGUCAGCCACAUUAUCACUGCCUCUACUGCAAAUCAACAAUUUUAAGAAAACCUGAUUUUAUUAAACAUUAAGGACUCUGCAAACAAAAACACCAACCCCUCACACUGAAGCCACCACAACUUCUGCCACAGCUCUGCCCACCAUUCAUGCACCUCCCUCCGCUGCUACGACUCUGCCCACCACUUCUGGCAUUUCUAGGCUCUUCAAAAAAAAUGGUCGAAAAAAAACAAAGCAACUAAAGAAAUGUCCCAAACGUGAUUUGAUAUGCCACCAUAAAAAUUUAAAAAGACAUAUAGAAUGCAAACACAGCCCAAAAAUGACGGACAUUACUUCCUCAUCCCAUCUUGACAGUGAGUGCAUAGACCCCCAGAAUGGAGUCUAUAUAGUCCGCAAAAGUAUUCAUGGAGCUUCUACUCCACUACAUGUGCAAAUUAAAAUAUGGGGGGAACAACAUCGUGUUUCAUGUGAAUUAAAUGAGUGCCAGACUAAUAAGGUGUUGGCUUGGAGAAGUGGACUGCUGUCAUGCCAGUGUGUUCACCUCCAGUCAGUUUCAUACUGCAAAACCUUUUUAACCUCACCUUCACUCACAGAAGAAAGUUUAAAAGAAAUGGUUAAAAGCAAGUGGUUUGGGCAGGACAAAAUAAAACAGUAUGUCGAUCGUCAAAAACUAGCCCAAGAAGAAAAUGCACCACUAUCAGUUGAAUCCAAGAUUGGAAUCCCACCAUCAAAAAGAUUCAUAUCGGUCUACAAGCCUAAUAUAUCAUAUUAUAGUAUACUGGACAGAGUCAUGGUGUCAUAUGACACCAAGAAGAAUUUAUGGCACUGUCCCUGUGCAAAAACCCUGAGGUCAUGCACCCAUAAAUACAUAGCAAAAUGGCACCUCUUUCAAGUGAACCCUGAACUCUUCCGAAAGGUUCAGAGCACUGAAAGCGCAGAAGAAUUUCAGGCAACAGCGAUGGAGGAAAGUGAUGAAAGUGAGACUUAUCCUACAAAGGAUGUUUCUAAAGUAAAGAGCAUGGUAGAAUAUAUCCUAAUGAAUAAAAAGCUACCAUCUACUAUUCCCAAUCAUUUAAGGCUUUCUUCAGUCUAUAAGGAAUUUCCACAACACCUAAUCCCUGAUGAGACAAUGUGCUACCACUGCUCAGACUGCACAUUUCUCAGUGAUCCUGUCUGCAUUACACGUGAAGCAAAAAUUCUUACAACUACAGGAAUUGUGCAAGGUGGAUCAUUGUUACAGCAUUUAUUUUAUUUUAAUUAUGAAUAAAUACUAAACCAUUUUUUGUUUUUGUUAUUUUUUUACAUUCUGUAUCUGCAGAUAUUUCAACCUACUACAAAUUCCAUCCUCUCUGUGGAAUGGUGUACCGUUACCAAGAGUGGGGUAACGGUUUACAUAAUUUCAAUGACCAUGUCCUCCUUGAUCUCUCUCUCUGCCUCACCAUAAGAAACCUGUUGCAGGUAAUCAUUAUACAUUUUUUCCAACAAUAGGAUUUCUUCAUCAUAUUGAUUUAAAUAAGAUGUACUG